GUGCUUAUUUUAGUAACAAGCGGAUGAAUAUACACAUAAUAUAUUACCAGAUUAAAUCUGUAACAUUCAUAAUAUAAGUUAUUACUGCAUUACAGGGAAAGAGAUGCCCGUAGAAAUUAUAGUGAAAGAUGCCUGUGUUACAGUAGGAGAAGGUCCACACUGGGACGAAGCUACCAACACUCUGUUUUAUGUAGACAUAUAUGCCAACAGUGUUUUUCGCUGGAACUCCGUUACAAAGGAAGUGCAGAAGAUCACACUAGACAAAACAAUAGGAUUUGUGAUACCGUCAAAAAAGGGUGAUGUUAUAAUUGGUUUGGGACAAACAAUCUCUCGUCUGGAAUGGGACAGCAAGAAAGUCACUGUUUUACAUGAAGUGGAUCAGAAUAAACCGACCAGAUUUAAUGAUGGAAAAUGUGAUGCCCGUGGUCGGUUAUGGGCUGGUACGGUAGGAAUGGAAAAUACACCAGGUAUAAUAGAGAAAGGUCAAGGUUCUUUGUAUUCAUUCGACACGGACGGGUCUGUCAAGAAGCAUUUAGAAAACCUGGACUGUGCUAAUGGGUUAGCUUGGUCAGCUGACAACAAGUCCAUGUACUUCAUCGACUCCAUCCCAAGAUGUAUUUUUGUAUUCGACUAUGACAUAAACAGUGGAACUAUUACCAGCCAGCGGACACUGGUUAAAUUUGAGCCAGGAACAGAGAGUAUACUAGGAGUUCCUGAUGGUAUGACUAUGGACACGAAUGGAAAAUUAUGGGUAGCUUGUUUCUUUGGUGGACGAGUUGUUCAAUACGAUCCUGACACAGGUAAACGUCUAAGUGUAAUCCACAUGCCAGCAUACAGAACCUCAUCUUGCUGUUUUGGAGGUACAGAUUACGAUGAGAUGUUCGUGACAUGCAGUCGACACGGGUGCCCUGAAGAAGAGUUAUCAAAGUUUCCAUUGUCUGGAUCUGUAUUCAAAGUGACUGAUCUUGGAGCCAAAGGAAAUCCGCCGUUUAAGUUUGAAGGAUAGUUGAAUACACUAUGUUUACCAUAUAUUGACGAGUUAAUUUUAUUAAUAUUUAGUAUCAUUAUAGUCAUUAUAAGCACAGAUUUGUAUACUUACUGUGCGCUGCUUUCUGUAAAACUUAAAAUAUCGCAUAAACAUUUUGAUCAUAACAGUUUGUAUGGGCAUUAUAUUUUUGAUAUGGGUUUUUAUGAACCUCAAUUGUUUCAAGCAUCAAAA